AUGGUAAGGUUUGCCUUCUUCAUGCUAAGAAAAGGGAUAUGCAAGAAGAAAAUUCUCUUAAACUACCUCAACUUAAUGAUGAAAAAAGGAAUGAUAGCUAGUAAAGUUGCCCUAAACAACCUUAUAUUCCACCACUACCACCACCACCACCUCCGCAACCCGGCUUCUCGAGCCGGUCCGGUUGAAAACUCACCUUACCGAUACGACGUCGCAACGGCCACUCCUCCGAUGACCAACAAGAAAAACUAUCAAUAUAAACAAGGUGAAGUCUAUUAUAGUUGUAUGUCUUCACCUAAUUUUGAGGCCAAUGAUGAUGAAGAUUUAGAAGAAAUUUACAAGACUAUGGAAAGUAUGUUGCCUAAGAAAAAUAGUGGGUUUAUGGUACGUCAAGUAAGGGUAACCGAUUCACCAUUUCCUUUAAAAAAUGAUGGGUUUUAUGAUCCACGUGUGGAUGAAGCUGCUGAUGAGUUUAUUAAGAGGUUUUAUUUUAAGAUUAAGAACCAACCCGCUACUCCUAUUCAUGGUUGA